GUCACAAAAUCAGCAGCUUUCACACAAAGUACAACGCCACUCCCUUCCUUAACGUUGACAAACUCCGCAUACAAACUCAAACACGCGAAGCUCUUCAAAAUCAAACUAAUUUUCUCCAUCAAUGCUAUUUUUGAGACUCCUGGAGAUAUCAACGACAAAAUUUUCUCACUGAAUCCUGAAUUUUCCUUUACGAGGAAGUAAAUCAUCAGAUUCCGAUGUGGAGGAAUUCCUCUCCUCCUCCAGACGUAGAAGACAAAGCCGCCAGCGCCAAUGCUGGCAACCACAACCAUGUCAAGGACAAUGAUCUAGGGUUCCAAUCCAUCCGAGACCGAUUUCCUUUCAAGCGGAACCCAGGGCACAACCGAGACAGAGGCAAGGCGUCCUGGGAUCGACCUUCGUUGCGCAAAUCGCACCAUCCGCGGUUCAAUCGCAAGGGUUUGCUCUCGUUGUUUCCGUUUAGGGGCGCUUACUUGUUUUACUUUUUGAUUUUCUUUACGGUGUUUGCAUUCGCGAUGGCAUCCAUGGUGCUUCAGAGCUCCAUCACGAUAGUGUUCAGGCAGGGCCCCAGUGAGAGGCACAGAUCGAUAAGACAGGGGGGCUUUCUGAGAUUUGUGCCGUCACGUGUCUUGAAGAGUUUAUUGGAUGGGGAGGGGCUUGAUCGAGAACGGUUGCAGACGGGGAUGGCCUUGCCGACCAAGAUUGGCUUGCGUAAACCUAGGCUUGCACUUGUUUUAGGAAAUUUGAAGAAAGAUCCACGAUCAUUGACAUUGAUAACUUUGAUGAAGAGUCUGCAGAAGCUAGAUUAUGCGCUUGAGAUUUAUAUAGAGGAGGAAGGCAAAGCAGGUUCUUCGUGGCAGCAAAUUGGCUUCCAGGUUUCAGUUUUAGGUCCAGAACAGUAUAGUCAUAUUGAUUGGUCAAUAUUUGAAGGUGUUCUGGUUAAUUCUCUCGAAGCAAAAGAUGCCAUUUCAAGCCUUAUGCAGGAGCCCUUUUGUUCAGUUCCACUUAUAUGGAUAAUUCGAGAAGAUACCCUUUCCAAUCGCCUUCCAGUAUAUAAGGAAAUGGGCUGGGACAAUCUUGUUUCGCAUUGGAGAAAAGCUUUUAGCAGGGCAAGCGUUGUUGUGUUUCCAGAUUUCACUCUGCCGAUGUUAUAUAGUAUGCUUGACAGUGGAAACUUCUUUGUGAAUCCUGGAUCGCCAGUUGAUGUGUGGGCUGCAGAAAGCUACAACAGGACCCAUGACAAGUAUCAGAUGAGGAAGGAAAAUGGAUUCAAUGAUGAGGAUUUGGUGGUUCUAGUUGUUGGGAGUCCAUUCUUCUACAAUGACCAAUCAUGGGACUAUUCUGUGGUGAUGAGUACCAUACGUCCUUUGUUGAUAAAAUAUGCAACAAAUGAUGCAGGAGGAUCAUUUAAAUUUGUUUUCCUAUGUGGUAAUGCCACUGAUGAGCAUGCUCUGCAGGAGGAUGUUUCUCGUCUAGGAUUACCUCCGGGUUAUGUGAAGCACUAUGCCUUGAACAGUGAUGUGAACAGUGUAUUAUUAAUGGGCGAUAUCGUUGUUUAUGGUUCUUCCCAAGAUGAACAGGGUUUUCCUCCAUUAAUAAUAAGAGCUAUGACCUUUGGAAUACCAGUUGUUGCACCUGAUAAUCCCAUCAUAAAAAAAAUUGUUGUUGAUAGAGUUGAUGGAAUUUUGUUUCCAAAACAUGACACUGGCUCUUUGAUGAUGGCUUUCUCACUCUUGAUAUCAAAUGGGAAACUUUCCAAAUUUGCUCUAAAAGUUGCUUCUUCAGGAAGACUACUUGCUAAGAACGUACUGGCAUCCGAAUGUGUUACUACUUAUGCAAGGCUUCUGGAGAACGUGCUCUGCUUUCCAUCAAGUGUUUUUCUUCCAGGUCCUAUUAGUCAACUGCAGAAAAAGGAGUGGGAAUGGGACUUGUUUGACGAGAUAGAAGAGGGAACUGAUGAUGAGGAAGACUUCUCUAGAGAGUCUAGUGUUGUUUAUGCCCUAGAGGAAGAGUUAUCUGAUCUUGUGAAUCCAAUUAAUAGUUCUGAGAAUGGAUCUGAAACUGUGGUGCAAGAUAUUCCUACCGAAGAAGAUUGGGAGGUUCUGAAGGAAGUGGAAAGCUAUGAAGAAUAUGAGAGACUAGAAAUGGAACAGCUUGAAGAGAGAAAGGACAAAAGCCCUGGUAUAUGGGAUGAUAUAUAUCGUGAUGUUCGAAAAUCUGAAAAGCUUAAGUUUGAAGCGAAUGAAAGGGAUGAGGGAGAGCUGGAAAGGACAGGCCAGCCAGUAUGCAUUUAUGAAAUAUAUGAUGGUGCAGGGGCCUGGCCAUUUUUACACCAUGGUUCCUUGUACCGUGGCCUAAGUCUUCUUUUUUUUUCUCUGUACUUUCUUUGUAUUUGUCAGAAUACAGGAGCAAGAAGGUCAAGAUCAGAUGAUGUGGAUGCAGUAGCUCGUCUUCCCCUUCUGAAUGAUACUUUCUAUCGUGAUAUGAUUUGUGAGAUGGGAGGAAUGUUUUCGAUUGCGAAUAAAGUGGACACCAUUCACCGGAGACCUUGGAUUGGGUUUCAAUCAUGGCAUGCUGCUGGUAGGAAGGUUUCCUUGUCCAUCAAAGCAGAAAAGGUUCUGGAAGAGAAGAUACAAAAAGAAACCAUAGGGGAUGUAAUUUAUGUUUGGUCACGCAUGGACAUGGUUCAUGGUGUUGCGGAAAGUGCAGAGCUCACAUUCUGGUCCAUGUGUGACGUCUUAAAUGGAGGACACUGCAGAACUGCAUUUGAAGAUGCCUUCCGAAAGAUGUAUGGGUUACCAUCAGAUGUGGAAGCUCUGCCCCCCAUGCCACAAGAUGGUGGUCAUUGGUCUGCCCUGCAUAGCUGGUUGAUGCCAACCCCAUCCUUUCUAGAGUUCAUAAUGUUUUCAAGGAUGUUUGUUGAUUCGCUUGAUGCAUUGCAUAGCAAUUCUAGUGAAGGCAGAAUGUGUUUGUUGGGUUCCUCAGAUCUUGAGAAAAAUCAUUGCUAUUGUCGACUAUUGGAAUUCCUGGUGAAUGUCUGGGCUUACCAUAGUGCAAGGAAGAUGGUUUAUGUGGAUCCCAACUCUGGUUUUUUAGAAGAACAGCACCCAAUUGAACAACGGAAGGGGUUUAUGUGGGCAAAGUACUUCAAUCUUGCCUUAUUGAAGAGUAUGGAUGAAGAUCUAGCCGAGGCUGCUGACGACAAUGACCAUCCACGAGAGAAGUGGUUGUGGCCAUUAACGGGGGAAGUGCAUUGGCAAGGGAUUUACGACAGGGAGAGGGCAGAAAGAUACAGAGUAAAAAUGGAUAAGAAGAGAAAAACAAAAGAAAAACUUCGCGAAAGGCUGCUGUCUGGGUACAGGCAGAAGCCACUUGGACGAAGAUAGGGAGCUUUAUCAUUUGAAUCCCAAUGGAGAUUGGAGGUCUUAUCUAACCUCGGAAGCCUUUUUGAGUUUUGACUCCUGACACCAGACACCACAACUAAAUCCAGUUUUUGGCAAUUUUAGCGAUCGAAAAGUUUCAUGGAUAAAGAAAGGCGUAAUUCUUUCUGACAGCUGAGUUCAACCAAUAUUCUGAGUUCUUCUCAUGAAACACACUUCUAUGAAGCUUUUGGGGGGCCGGAAAAGUUGCUUCCCGGUGAUUGAGGCACAAGUCACUGAGGCCUUGUUACCCAAAAUUUCGAGCGGCAUAGAGAUUAUUAGGUUUCUGAAGAGUAGCCAAAACAUUAACUAAAAUUUUUUUUACGAUUCAAAAUUUUCAGUUAAGAGGAAAUGGACGCAUUCUUUUUCACAUUGUAUAGAAAUAAUUGAGCCAAUUUUUUGUAGAUUAUUAUAGCUGGUUUUUGUUCUUGUCC